CGCUAAAAAAAAUAAGAAAAGAAACACAAUUUACCGAAUGUCGGGUAUCUAUCGAAAAACGCUAAAGAUCUGCUUUCUUGAAACCAGAAUUAGUGAAUACUUUAUCUGCAGGACGCCGAAAAUCGUAAAAAUGCCGUUUUACGCCGUUGCAAAAGGCCGAAGUACAGGUAUUUAUAAUUCAUGGGCUGAUUGCGAAGCCCAAGUUAAAGGUUUCUCUGGAGCGAAGUACAAAAAGUUCGAAACUGAAUCGGACGCUAAUGAAUUCAUCCGCUCUAAUUCUUACUACGGUGGUAGCUAUGGAAACAAAUCCACUUACAAUAAUUACCAAAGCGGCACCAAUAAAAAUCUUAAGAGAUCUUAUAGCACAUCGUCCAAGAACAACAAUCAUUAUCAGAACAAAAGCUCUUUGUGGACCAAUGAGGUUAAUUCGGAUUCAUCCGAAGACGACCUAGAGGUUAUAUUAAAUAAGCAAAUGGACGAUCUAGAGAAACGAGUAAACAAUUUUGCCAAAGGCAUAGAUAAGAUAAGCAUGUCUGCUCUAGCGGCCGGUCCCCAUGCUGAAGUUAAAAAAUCUACUUUAACAGAACCACCACAGCCAAAAAAAUAUAAACAUGCUGAAAACAUUGAGUUUGAAAUAGAUAAUGAAGGUUAUGUACAAGUCUAUACAGAUGGUGCUUGCUCAGCCAAUGGCAAACAGGGUGCUCGAGCUGGUCUCGGGGUGUACUGGUGUGACAACCACCCACUCAACAGAAGCCAGCCAGUCUCUGGCCGAGCCACCAACAACUGUGGAGAGAUUCAAGCAGCAACACUUGCCAUCAAGAUUGCACUCCAAAACGGAAUCAAGAAACUAACCAUUAAUACAGAUUCACAAUUUCUCAUCAAUGCAGUUACCAAAUGGAUACCUGGUUGGAAACGAAGAGGAUGGAAAUUAUCAUCUGGAAUGGCUGUAAAAAAUGAAAUAGAUUUCAAGGAUCUAGACAGUGUCAUGCACAAACUUCUUAUUAGAUGGAACUAUGUCAAAGCACACAAUGGAAAACAUGGCAAUGAGAUGGCUGAUAGGUUAGCAAAAGCUGGAGCAACCAUGUACCAUGUACAAUAAACGAUUGAGUUUAGUACUGACGCUUUGACCAGAAUUAUUGUUACACAUGUAGUUAGGACAUGAAUAAUAUCGUUGUAUAGGCCGCAACACGCGUUGCGACCGCGAGAGCGUUUACCUUGGCCAUGCACAGACUGAGCUGCUUCGCAACAUUGUUUUCUCCCGUAGCAGCUUUUUUUCUGUUGGUAGUUAGGUUAGGUUAGAUAAGAGAGAAGUUGAUUGUGUCUGAAAAUUUAUUUCUAAAAGUUAGAUCUUGUGCUUCCAAUAAUAAUCCAAAUCGAACCACCAAUCAUUUUGGUAUUCUGCUCCAUAGUUCUGCUAUGAAUUGCUAGUCAUAUUGAAAUGUGCGCUGAAUCCACUAACCGUAAUUCGUCACCAUUUUUGGUAAUCAGCUUUAUGUACACAAAUAAACUUAAUCAUCAUGUAAGUUUGGUUUGCCAAAGAAAUGAAUAGUAAAAAAAUUACUAUACACCGUGUUUUUAAAUAUUGUAGAAAUAAAAAGGAAUAAAAUUAUUUUAUAAUAAACAUAUGCAUUGUGGUUGUGGCACAAUAGGGCAGUGUAUAGCGUGAUAUUUCAGCCAGACAAGAGAUACAAUUGCUUAUAUUGUUCAUAUUAUAAUUAUUGGAUUGAUUCACUGAAAAAGCGUCAUCAUACCACACAGACACAGGACCACAUUGUUGAUUGUCAAUAAGGAUAAUAAUACCUAAACCAAUAUUCUAUAAUUACAAUUUGGUUAAUUAAAAUUACUGCACAGUUUUUUAAAUUAAAUUUACACUAAAAAUCAUUGAAAAUGAGUCGCAAGGGCUUCCGCGAGGUCUACCUACAGUUCACACAGCCACUAAUUUUAAUCGAUUUCUAAAAAGUACACACCCUAUUAAGAGUCCCUAGCAAGCUCGGCCGAAUUUCACCUUCCCAUACAAACGGAGUUUCGUUCUCAUUUUAAAACUACGAGUUGGAUUGUAAUGAAUAUUUGCACAUGCAAUGACAUGAGCUAUAUCUAGUCCUGUAAUUAGUUUAUAUAGCUCCAGUUUAUAAAACAAACGGAAUAGAGCAAAAACAAGUUUUGUAUGAAAUUUGCUGUAUUUUUUUACUAUGGUAUCUGAAGCUACAUAAACUAAUUACAGGACUAGAUUUAAUAUACCUAAAUAUACCUCAUCCUAUUGCAAGUACAAAGUUUGAGAGCAACCUAGCUAGUCGUUUUAAAAUGAGAGCGAGAACCCACAAUCAAGUUACCUUUUGUUUGAAAACAGCACAUUUAAUAUUCUGGACUCUGGUGUACUUGGUAAGUAAUUGUUUAUAUAAUAUAAGUUUUUAAUUUGCUAGGUAACUACCUAUUUAAGCAAUUUUUGUUGAUUGAUUGAAGUUAAAAAUGAGCGAUGUUUCGUUUGACCUACUAUCUGCCUUAAUUACUCUCAUUUGUAUUAAUUGAAAAUAUUCAAAUAAAUGUAAUUGUUGCUAA